AAAAGGAAGAAGGCCAAAGAACCAGACUGAGAGAAAGCGAUAGAUUAAUUUAAGAAAAUAAAAAUUUAGUGAUAGGAAAAUGGGAGAUUCAUCAUCAACAGAUUCGUUCUUGAAGAAACACUGGCAAGGAUACAAAGAAUUCUGGGCCGAACGAUUUCCAUUUACUGAUGUCUAUUCUAGAUUCAUCAGCCGCCAAGAGUCUCUUCCAUCAUGGUCUGAAUCCGAUGUUAAUGAGUUCAUCGCUUCUGAUUUGGUUCACGGUCCUACCUUGAAGACUGCUAGGGAAGCGGCAAACACUGCCUUGGCAGGAAGUGCUGUUGGAGCUAUCUCAACUGCAGGUCUGGCCUGGAAAUACUCAAAGAGUUUACAUGGUGCCGGACUGGCUUUCUUAGGAGGAGGCGUUUUUGGUUGGACAUUCGGACAAGAAAUCGCAAACCACUGGUAUCAACUCUACAGGUUGGACACAAUGGCUGCACAAGUCAAAUUCAUGGAGUGGUGGGAAAACAAGUCCCAGAGGCGAUUGUAAAACUUAUCGUGCUGCUGAAAGCAGUGCCUGCUCGGUUUCCAUCUGUUUAAUAACGGUGACAUGUCGGAAACAUAAUGUUUGGUUUGAUACCGGAAAGGUUUUUUUUCCCUUUUAGAAGCAACUUGAUGAAACCAGUUGUUAACAUUACAAUACUUUUGUCCCAAUAAGUUUGCUGCAGCUCUAUCACAGUUAGCAAAUUAUUU